AUGCCAUGGCGGAUUAGUUCCUUCGUUGUCGGCUCACUCCCGCUCUCCUUCUCACUCUCCUCGUCGCAACUACGUCUCAUUUCCGCACUAGGAAUGGGUGUCUUGGUGGGCACGUCGCUGAUUGUAAUCAUCCCCGAAGGAGUCGAGACACUCUAUAGCUCGUCCGCUGUUUUGCAUACACACUCCAACAGGAGAGAUAUUAAUGUUGUUGGCAGAGGUCAUACUCUUGAUGCGCGAUGGCAUCACAGUCUGUCCAUCAGUGCUAUUGACCUCAGAAGAGAUACACCCAAAUUAGAGGAUAAGCCGAAAGAAGAUUCCUUGAAUAGCAGCCCUGAAGAACCAGGCGAGGGAGAGAAACUACACCAGAAACAGAAAGGAAAUGAAAAGGAUGGGAAAAUAGGGGAAGAUAACUCCCACCAGAGCUCCCCGCACGCUUGGAUCGGAGUCGCCCUGAUCGGCGGCUUCAUCCUGAUGUAUUUAGUCGACACACUCCCCUCCCUCGCGGCCUCCUCCACAAAACACCAACAACGCCCCUACCACAUAUCCCUCGAUAACCUAAGCUCCGCUCUCGGCCGCACAGUCUCCCCCUCCCGCACAGGAGGAGGAAGCCUCUUCGAUACCAGCGGCAGUUCAUCCAGACAAGACUUCGCGACAACAACGGGCCUAGUAAUCCAUUCCGCUGCGGACGGAAUCGCCCUGGGCGCAUCGACGUCCAGCACGAGUCUCAACUUUAUUAUUUUCCUGGCGAUAAUGGUGCAUAAAGCGCCGGCAUCUUUUGGAUUGACGAGCGUCUUGUUGAGGAAGGGGCUGUCGACGCGCGCGGCGCGGGGGCAUCUGUUGAUUUUCAGUUUGGCGGCGCCGGUGGGCGCGUUGGUUACGUGGAUCAUUGCCCAUACGGUUUUGUCGGGCCAUGUUGGCGAUGAACAGGCGACGAAGUGGAGAACGGGAAUGUUGUUGUUGUUUUCGGCGGGGACGUUUUUAUAUGUCGCUAUGCAUACUAUGCAAGACCCGGGGCCGACGACGGCAGAUAUGUCCGGACGAGAUUCGACAUACGCCAACGGAUAUGCAGGUGAGGGGCGGGAGAAUUCGCAUAAGUCGCAACAAAAAAUGGUGCACCCCACUACGUUACUCCUCGAAGGUGUGGGGAAAGGAGCUGGCUCUAUUCGUCCGGACUAUUGCUGGCUUUAUCAGGCUAUGCUGGCACCGGACAUGAGAAUGAGAAUCAAAUCGAGACCACCUGAGCCUCAAUCCUAUGGGGGCUUCGACCCAACCACAUGGCGCAACCACUCUUGA